AUGAACCCCGAGAAAGACUGUAACGUAUCUUUAGUUUAUUUUGAUUGGGACGCUCAACACUACAUUCUUUCGGUAUUGAUCUCAUUAUAUGCAGUUGUCGGUAGUAUUGGUAAUGUUCUCAUUUUGAUCGUGUACCUGAAAAAGCAGGAUCACAAGACGAGCAGCACGUUCAUCCGGGUGCUCGCCCUACUCGACUUGUGUGUCUGCAUGUUUGUAAUGCCAUAUACGAUUAUUUACGAACUGCAUGGAGUUACAUCUGAUGCCAUCUGUCGUAGUUUCGAAGUCAUUCGCCAUUUCUGCAUCAUGGCUUCUAAUGCAUCUCUCGUGGCUAUCGCUUUCGAACGAUGUAUUGCUGUCCGCCGACCAACCCGACGCCUCACAUUAACCCAAGUAAAUAAGGGGAUGAUUGUCAUCGUUCUUAUUAGCAUUGUUCUCGCCAUUCCGUCUGUUUUUAUAUUUGCUGUUGUGCCCGGAGGUUACGUGGUCACUGAUGGCAACUGCACCAUUGAGGAAAUCCAGGCGCUAAAUCAACCGUUUUGCCAUUUUACUAUGUCAUUCUUGGGGGAAAUAGGGACACGUUCAUAUCAAGCCCUACUCAGCCUUUCCUACUGCACUGCUUGUAUCGCAAUUAUCGUCCUUUACACACUUAUCUACAGCACUCUGUGGAAAAAGGCACAACUACGAAAGAAACUGUCCAAUCCACUCGGUCUACCAUCAAGUUCGACAAGCAGCAAUGGCGGUUCUGGAUCUGAUCGAUCCAACCAAAGCAUGAGCAGUGAAAAAAAGAAAUAUUUUGACGAUAUAUCCGAUGUUACUGGAUGUACGCUAAAUAAUGCUCGUAAGAUCAAUACUCCAGUCGAUUCAGAUAUCGACUCAGGUGUUCCUGGUUCAAAUGGCAGCAACGAUAUGUCAACGACGAGAAAAAAGAACCUUCAAAACCAGGAAUCGUGCAAAACUCAAGGGAAAUUCACAGACAAACGCCGAAGUAUGCAUCACAACCGGACAGCCAAGAUGUUGUUUUUGUGCACCAUUAUUUACAUUGUUUCUUGGGUGCCAUUUUGGCUUGAUAUUUUUGGAAUUACUGACAGUCUUAUUUUGAGAUAUCUGUUUUUUCUCGGAAAUGCUAGUAACCCUAUUGUCUAUGGAAUUGUCAAUGAUCGCGUACGGGAAGAAAUCUGCAAACUUUUCCGACGGAGGCGGCGAAGUGGAUAUCCUUGA